AUGACGUACACCCCUGUGUGGGAUUUUGGCGCCAAGGCGAUCCCCGCCAUCUUCCCAAGCUUCAUUGGGAAAAACCAGGCACUCGUCCGCUGGACACCCGGAGUCACGCCAUGGAGCACCCCAAUUCCCGUGGCAGCUACCCUUUUGGGCUAUUUAGCCCUCAUUCAUAGCGGAAGAGCACUCCAAAAGCGCAAGAUCCUUCCAGUCUUCUCGCUCAAAUGGCCCUUCGUACUUCACAACAUCGCCCUCAGCCUUUCCUCGGGACUGCUCUUUGCCGCCUACCUGGAAGAAAUCGUUCCCUUCUGGUACAAGAACGGGCUCUAUGGCGCCAUGUGCUUCGCCGAGAGCUGGUCGCCGAGAAUGGAGACGCUGUACAUCAUCAACUACAUGUUCAAGUAUAUUGAGCUGAUCGACACUUGCUUUAUGAUGCUCAAGGGAAAGCCCAUGCCUUUCCUGCACGUGUACCACCACUUCGCUACCGCUCUGCUCUGCUUCUCGCAAUUGGUCGGCAAAUCCAGCGUGUCUUGGGUGGUGAUCACGCUCAACCUCUUCGUCCACCUCAUCAUGUACGCCUACUACGCAAUGGCGACGCUGCGCAUCCCUUGCCCCUUCAAGCGAUACAUUACCACCAUGCAGAUCGUUCAAUUCGUCAUAGAUCUCGCCGCCAUCUACACGGCUUCCGCCAACCACUUCAACGGAUACUUCAACCUCGGAAUACCUGGCUUGUCCGACUGCGCCUCUUCGCCUCAGGCAGCCUCGUCAGGUCUCGUCAUCCUGACCAGCUACCUGUUCCUCUUCAUUCGCUUCUACCAAAAGACGUACAAGAGCAAGAGCAAGGCGGAGCGCGCUUCCAGCGGAUCGAGCGGAGAGAAGCAGCCCCUCUUGGCCAAGGCAGUGACCUCCGCGCAAGUCGCUGCUACUCGCACGGCUCUGCCACAUUCCCAGCGCGCAGAACUCGGACUUCCCUCGACUCCCCAGCUUGAGCGUGGAGAGUGA